AAUGAGGUGAUUGCUGCUGAGUGAGAUCAGAGGGGAUUCAGGAGAAAUGGAGCUCAGUCAGAGGACACAGCUGCUGUUACUGAUGAUGAUGAUGGCGAAGACUGCUGCUUCACAAAAGAACUUCUGCUCCACCUCGACUGUGGGGAGGACUCGCACGCCCUGCCACUCCUGCACCAUCAGCGGCCUCAUCCCCUGUCCGGUCGGCUACCGGAGGACGCCGGGAUCGCGGGCCUCCGACUGCACAUUCAACCCCGGAAUGCUUGUGAGUUUGGCGCGGAACAUUAAAGGUUGCUCCUUUGAGUGCUACAGGGACAUGGAGCUGAAGAGAUGCUGUCCCGGGUUCUGGGGUCCAGACUGCAACGAGUGUCCGGACCGGGCAGACAGACCCUGCAGCGGCAGAGGGACCUGCUCCGACGGGCUGGGAGGAAACGGGACCUGCAGCUGCCAGGACGGUUUUACAGGAAGUGCAUGUGAGGACUGCCUGCCGGGCCGGUACGGUUCUACCUGCAGCUCAGGCUGCUCAUGUGUCCAUGGUCUGUGCGACUCCGGACCGACCGGUACCGGGCAGUGCACCUGCUUCUCUGGGUACGGAGGUCCCAACUGUGACCAAGAGUUACCGGAGUGUGCAUCUCUCAGAUGUCAGGCGAACUCUCGCUGCAUGGAGGAAGCGCUGACCGGACGGCUAGUGUGUCAGUGCAAGCCUGGAUACCAAAAGUCUGGAUCCGACUGUAUAUCCAUAAACCCCUGCCUCCAGAGCGUCUGCCACAUCCACGCCACCUGCGUCCACACGGGCCCCAACAAGCACCAGUGCACCUGCAGCGAGGGCUACGGCGGCGACGGACGGGUCUGCAUGCCCGUGGAUCCAUGUCAGACCGGCAACGGAGGCUGCUCUGAAGACUCCGCCCGCUGCAUUUACCUAGGACCGGGAGCGUCCGACUGUGAGUGUCUCCCCGGGUUCGAAGGUCUGUGGAAGGGCAGCUGCAGCCUGAAGGACGCCUGCACACCAGAUUCCUGCCACAAGGACGCCAACUGCAGCACGGUGGGACCGGGACAAGUCGAGUGCACCUGUCUGCCGGGGUACGUGGGGACGGGGAAGGUCUGCUACGGAAACAUCAUGCAGCGCCUGAAUGAGCUGAACACAGAGCCUGGAGGACAAUGGAGCGGUCAGCUCAGCAACGCCAUCACCCUGUUCGGUUCUCUGACGUGGCGGCUGCAGAAUUUGGGACCUUUCACAAUUUUCGUCCCCACCAACAGAGGCUUCCAAGGAAUUGUAAUGAAUACCCUGAUGGCUGACGAGUCCAACGCCAGAUACCUGUGUAAGAUGCACCUGGUGGCAGGAGUGAUGCCGUUCGACACGCUGAAGAGAGCCGGGACUUUCUACACUCUGACGGGAAGAUCAGCUGAGAUGGACACGUCUGAAGGGGAUUCCCAGGCUAAGAUCCGGAUCCACGGGAGCAGGAAGAGGGGUGGGAUCCUCCUGUCGGACACGUUGGCUUCUAACGGGAUGAUCCACAUUAUCAAUAAGCUGAUGGACAGCGUUUCCCCCACUGUGGAGAGCAACCCACAGAUGAACCUCCUUGGGAUGGUCUCGGACAUAAGUAGAUUUCAGACUUUCAAGAUGUUAUUGGAGAGAACCGGCCUGUCCUCAGAGUUGACGAGUCCUGGUCCGUUCACUGUCUUCGCUCCCAACACGGCGGCGUUCGAUGCCAUGACGGAGGGCUACCUGCAGUACCUGAGAAGCUCUGAGGGUCGCUACAAGCUGCUGGAGUUUAUGAGGAACCACCUGGUGUCGUCCACCUCGCUGGAGGUCUUCAACGCCGUGUCCAACCCCCGAAUCAUGAGCGCAGCCAAUCAGAUUCUGAACUUUAAUGUCACUGAAAACGGUCAGAUCUUGGUGAACGGCGCCGCCGUGCUGGAGGCCGCGGUGGAGGCUAAGAAUGGCCGCUUGUACGUGCUGGACGGCGUUCUGACGCCGGCCUCCAUCGAGCCUCUGCUGCCCCACAGGUGUGACGUCCAGGAAACCAAAGUCACCCAGGGUGAAUGUGUGAGCUGUUCCAAGGUCAGUCAGACUCGGUGCUCGUCCGGAGUCCAACAGGGCUCCAUCUUUGGAUGUACCUACAGUUUCUCUGUUGACAUUGCACCCAUGAAGCCUUUUUCAGCCAGAGGUUGCGCCCCGCUCUGUAACUCCACCGUGACGACCGCGGCGUGUUGUAAAGGUUUCUACGGUCCAGACUGCAGACCCUGUCCAGGUGGAUACCAGACGCCGUGCUCCGGACACGGACAGUGCUCAGAGGGGAUUGAAGGAAAUGGAUCGUGUAUCUGUGAAAAGAACUUUGGAGGCUCUAGCUGUCAGUACUGCUCGUCCUCCAACAAAUACGGCCCCAAGUGUGACAGAACCUGUCCGUGCGUCCACGGGAAGUGCGAUAACCGUCCGAACUCGGACGGGAGGUGUAAAUCGUUCUGUCAGUCUGGGUUCGUCGGCCGCUUCUGUGACCGUCAGACGUCGCCCUGCGGCGUGGAGGCUCACCGCUGUCACGCACACGCCGACUGCGACUUCAGUGACGGAACAGGCAGGUGUGUUUGCAGAUCUGGUUACCAAGGUGACGGGAUCAUGUGUGUGGAGUCAGACCCUUGUGCCCCGCCUCUCCGAGGAGGCUGCAGUGUUAACGCGAAAUGCAUAAAGACAGGCCCGGGCACCCGAACCUGUCAGUGUCUGACCGGGUGGACGGAGGACGGAGACGAGUGUCAGCCAAUCAACAACUGCAACCAUGCCGACAGAGGCGGCUGCCAUGACAACGCCACCUGCAUCUAUGUUGGACCUGGACAGAGCGACUGUAUGUGUAAAGCUGGUUAUCAUGGAAACGGGCAGACCUGCGAGCCUGUUAAUCAGUGUGUGACGGUGGACGGAGGCUGUCACUACCUGGCCACCUGCCGCCUGCGGUUCAUGGCAUGGACGUGUGUGUGCGAUGACGGGUACGUGGGAAAUGGACGUGUUUGUUAUGGCAGCGUGGAGCAGGAGCUCAGGACUCUGCCGGAUUCCUCAGAUUUCUUCACAUGGAUGACUGCGUCUGGUCUGUCCUCGUCUCUGUCGGACCAGAACAUCACCCUCCUGGUUCCAUCCAGGGAUGCUGUCUCCAAAAUGUCUCCAGAGGACAAAACCUUCUGGACGAUGAAGGGAAACCUCCCAAGUCUCAUCAGAAACCACAUCAUCUCUGGGACCUACAGCUCAUCUGAGCUCAGUGGCAUUUCCUCCAUCACUUCUCUUCUCUCAACAACUCUCUCAGUUUCAACCAGCAGCAGGGGUUUAACUGUUGCCGGGGCAACCAUCACCACUUCAGACCUGGCUGCUACGAAUGGACUGAUCCACAUCAUCGAUCAGGUUCUGGUUCCUGACAGAAAGCAGAGUGAAGGCCUUCUGGCCACGCUUGCCCUGAGACCCGACUUCUCGCUCUUCAGAUCGGCUCUGCUGGAUCACAACCUGACAGACGAGAUCCAGCAGAACCACGAGUUCACCGUCUUCGCUCCCACGGACGCCGCCAUAACCGAGUACCUCCGCACAGUAUCCUCCACCGCCCUGGAUGUGAACACGACUCGCUACCACGUGGUGCCGGCUCAGCGUCUGCUCAGGACCGACCUUCAGCAGGGAGGAUACAAACAGACGCUGCUCGGCUUCUCCUUCCAGCUCGGCAUUUACCCCCGAGACGGGAAGCUGUUUGUGAACGAAGCUCAGGUUGACACCUUCAACAUCCUGAGCGGGAAAGGAGUGAUUCACGGCCUCACGGCGGUUCUCCCGAUCAACAGAAACCGCUGUGAUAAAGUCACGUACAAGAGAUUUCUGGGCGAGUGUAUCGAAUGCCUGUUCCACCAAAACAAACUCUGCCCCAAUGACACCACCCCAGACGUCUCAGUGAAGCCGAUGAGGUGUAAGCUGGUUCGGGUGUUUGGGGGUGAGCGGCGGGUGUCGCUCGGCUGCAGGGCCACCUGUAUGAGGAAGAACACCGAACCCCGCUGCUGCGCCGGAUUCUUCGGGGCGCACUGCGAGCCGUGCCCCGGUCCCACCGCUCAGCCCUGCUCCUCUAACGGAGCGUGCUCGGACGGGGUGGACGGCUCCGGGGUCUGUCGGUGCAGCGGCGGCUUCAACGGGACCGCCUGCGAGACGUGUCAGGGCGGCAAGUACGGAGUCCACUGCGAUCAGGAGUGUGACUGUAAGAAUGGCCGCUGCAGCGACGGCCUGCGAGGUGACGGGACGUGCGAGUGCGACGUCGGCUGGAGAGGAGUCCACUGCGACCAAAAGAUCGAAUCCACGGCGGACGAACUGUGCGGCUCGGUGAAAUGUCACAGCAGUGCCAACUGUGUGAUCCCCCCCAGCGGCCCCGCCUGCCUCUGUGCUGCUGGCUUCACCGGGAACGGCACCUCCUGUACAGCUGUGGACCCCUGCCUGGUGGAUAAUGGCGGCUGCGGUGGGUUUGCGGUCUGUAAGAGGACUCGACCUGGACGCAGGGACUGUGUCUGUAACCGUGGUUACGCCGGCGAUGGACUGGUGUGUGUUGAGAUAAAUCCAUGUUUGGAGGGAAACGGUGGUUGCCACGCCGACGCAGAGUGUAUUCACGUGGGACCAAACAAAACUUCCUGCGCCUGCCGUGACGGCUACUCAGGAGACGGACUCAACUGCGACGCGAUCAACCUGUGUCAGAAGGAAAACGGCGGCUGUCCGCGCUCGGCACGUUGCAACAUGACCGGUCCGGGCACACGUAGCUGCACCUGCAAGAAAGGCUACAUCGGCGACGGGAUGACCUGCAAGGGCAGCGUGAUGCAGGAGCUGAUGAGGCUGAACCUGAGAGGCUUUGACUACGACAUGAUGAUGGCAGGCGUCUCGCUGCAUGGCCGCGGACCCUUCACCAUCUUCGCUCCGAACGAAGAGGCCCACAACGCCAACAGAAUGGGCAAUAAGAUAAAAAUGGGCAUGGCGGACGAGUUUGAAAACCAUGUACGGAGCCACAUCGUCAUGUGUCACACUCUGCUGCCUGCCGACCUGAGCCGACCGCGGAACCUGACGUCCCUGUCCGGAUACGUACUGACGACCGGCGUCAAACAGGGGACGAUCUUCGUCAAUCAGGCGAAUGUGACACGCAGCGAUGACGAGAGCUUUAACGGGAUCAUCCAUGAAAUCAACAUGGUCCUGAAUCCUCUGAAGAUCUUUACCAACGGCACUCAGGCGGCCACACAGGACCCAAAACCCAUGAAUCUGACGGAUGUGGCCGACCUUCACGGUUAUAAAACCUUCUACAAACUGCUGGAGGACACAGGAGUGAUGGACAUGGUGAACGACGUCCUCCACCAGCCGGUGACGGUCUUCCUCCCCUCGGACGCCGUCAUGGCGUCUCUGCCGCAAGAACAGAAGGACUUCCUGUUCGACCAGCACAACCGUCCACAGCUGCUGGAGUACCUGAAGUACCACAUCGUCCAGGGCCAGAGGGUUCAUGCUGAGGACCUGGUGUAUCUGGACUCGGCUCGGACGCUGCAGGGCUCGUUGCUCUCCUUCGUCUGUGGAGACGUCGACAACAUCGGGGCGAUCUUUGUGAAUGACGAGAGGUGUCGCAUCGUCCAGAGACAUCUUGGUUUUCGAGGCGGGAUCGCCUACGGCAUCGACUGCCUGCUGACUCCGCCCAGCCUGGGCGGCCGCUGCGACGAGUACACCACGGUGGACCUGACGAUGAAAUGCAGGACAUGCUUCACUUCCUCGACUCGCUGUCCCGACGGAACCAAACGACAGGAGAUGCAGAAGUGCGACCUUCCCUCCGUCUACGUCACCAAGAACUCCGGCUGCCGCAGCAUCUGCCGCGUCGGCAUCUGGAAGCCGAAAUGCUGCCGCGGUUACUACGGCCGGGACUGUCUGGCGUGUCCGGGCGGAGCCCGCUCUCCAUGCAACAACCGCGGCACAUGCGACGACGGUCACCUUGGUAACGGGACCUGCGCCUGCGAGGCGGGAUUUGGGGGCGUGGCCUGCGAGCUGUGCAGCGGCGGCUUCUACGGGCCGAUGUGCAAAGCGUGCAACUGCUCCGAGCACGGCUCGUGCGAGGACGGACGGCGGGGGACGGGUCUGUGCUUCUGCGAGCCCGGCUGGACCGGAGACCGGUGCGACGUCCAGACCGAGGUUCUCCAGUGUUCUCCUCCCUGUUCUCCCAAAGCCGUCUGCCAGGACAACAACACCUGUGUGUGUCGGCCAUUUUACCAGGGGGACGGAUACACCUGCACACCGGUGGAUGUGUGUAACAUGUGGAACGGCGGCUGCGCUAAAGGAGCGACGUGUUCUCAGAACGGAGAGGUGGUGACCUGCACGUGUCCUAAAGGUCACACCGGGGACGGCUUCAGCUGCCAGCCCGUCGACCCGUGCGCCUCCGGAGAGAACGGCGGCUGCCACGAACACGCCAUCUGCACCAUGGCGGCGCCGGGGAAGAAGAAGUGCAGCUGUAAGGACGGCUACAUUGGAGACGGACUGACUUGUGAAGUCAAGCAGCUGCCCAUCAGCCGCUGUCUCCAGGACAACGGCGGAUGCCACCAAGACGCCAAAUGCACCGACCUCCAUUUUGAAGACGCCACGCUGGGCGUGUUCCACUAUCGGUCUGAGCGAGGUCAGUACAAACUGAACUACACCGCCGCCCAGCAGGCCUGCACCGCGGCGGCCGGCGGCCUGGCCACCUACACCCAGCUGUCGUACGCUCAGCAGGCCGGCAUGAACAUGUGCGCGGCCGGCUGGCUGGACCAGGCGCGGGUGGCGUACCCCACCACCUACUCCAACCCCAACUGUGGCUUCGGACACGUGGGGAUCGUGGACUACGGCACCCGCAAGAACCUGAGCGAGACCUGGGACACGUUCUGCUACAGGAUGAAGGAGGUGCAGUGUGAGUGUCGGCCAGGCUACGUUGGAGACGGUUUCAGCUGCACUGGAAACCUGCUCCAGGUCCUCAGGUCCACUCCGACGUUCUCCAACUUCCUCACCCAAAUCCUGAACUUCUCUCAGGUGUCGGAGUCGGGGAAGCAGUUUGUGAAGCGUCUCAGUAACCUCACCGUUCGCUCCACGCUCUUCGUCCCGGACAACAGCGGCCUGCCGGACAACCAAACGCUGUCCCAGCGGGACAUCGAGUUCCACCUGUCCGAGGGCCAGGCCCUCCCGCUCAGCCAGCUGAGGAACGGCAGCCGCAUCCGGACCCGGGUCGGCAGCCUGAGCGUUCUGGGAGUCGCCGACCUGCUCGACCCGAACACUCUGUCAUCUCGUUACAUUAACGACCGCUUCGUCACCACCUCGGACAUCCUGGCUGCGAACGGGAUCAUCCAUGUCCUCCAGGGACCGCUGAAAGCCCCGCCCCCUUCCCACCAGAUGGCGGUGGCGCACAAAGCCGGGAUGGGCGUGGGCGUGGUGCUGCUGCUGCUGCUGGUGGCCGGAGUCUUGUUCGUGGGAUACCACUUUUACUCCCGCAGCGCCAAACCCUUCAGAUUCCACUACUUCAAGGAGGAUGAGGCGGAAGAGGAGGAGGAGGACGCUCCACCGGAAAUCCACAGCCGCAACAUCUCCAACCCGGUUUAUGAGCCUGGUCCAGAACAAGCUGCGUGCUCCAGCGACUCCGGCAGUCAGCAGGUGGAGGACAAGCACCAGGUGGUGAUCAGCGGAGUGUUCGACCUGCUGCAGGAGAGCUGAGCGUCGGGCCGCCGGGAGACCUCCAGAAGAACCCCCAACCCAUGAGAGCCAAGAAAACCUGUCAGAUACCUCUACAAACCCAAGACCUGAAGUCCUUUGAGCGCCAAUAGACCACCUGAAACUUGAAAGUCCUCCACUUGGACCCAAACUGGGAUUUCGUCUUCUGCAUAUGAUCCACAUAUGAAACCUAAACGACUGAACCACUCCGAUAACACAGACUUUCAAGACUACAGGGAAAUUCAUACUUUCAUAAUCAUCACAGCAAAGUCAAGUUGAUUCCAGAAAAGUUUUUUUUUUCUAAUACAAAUAAAUGUGAGAUCAAAACUGUCGGUCUCAAACUGA